CAACUUAACCGGGAACGCUAAUAAAUCGUGUAAAAAAUGUCACCAGCCGAGCUAAAUUCUGAUUGGUCUUUCAAUUAGGCAAGCCGUUUAAAUUUGGGGCAACUUCUACCAGAGACCUCAGUGAACUCGCGUAUAAGCGCAAUUGCACAGACUUUUGUGUGUAUCACCAUGCGAAAAACGAUUAGAGAUGUGAUGUCGUGUAAACAUCCUAUAUUGUAUUUUACGGUGAUUGCAACGAUUAGCUCUGUGUUAACCCCUUGCUAUGGCCAGAUUCCAGACGCAAGCAUUUCAAUGCCAAAUGCCAAAAUUCAUCCGACGAUUGUCCGAUCCGGGAGGCUUGUUGUUGGGAAUAAGUUGGUCCAACUGAGAAGGGUGGGUUUCGAAGUAACCAAUGAUGAAUCAGCCGCUUCUGACCGCAUCAAGACUCAAAACGGAUCUCUUGCAUUUGAGGCUGGUAAUCGGGCUGGACAGCCUGCAUCACAAGAAUGGCACAAGUUGGAUGCUAAACUCCAGCACAUGGGGCCAUCAGUACAGUGUAGCAAUGAAACAAUGACUCUUCGGGUCAAAGGGGGAAGAGCUCCACAUUUUCUGGUCGACGGCGGUGAUGGGUCUCCUGUUCUUCCCCUGUCCCGAAUGCCAACUCACUGUGGCUUCUCUGUGAAGCGGUCACGCAGGGAUGUGUUCUUUGUCGCACCAUACCAAGGCUGCCAUGUCACUCAAGAGGGGGGUAACUAUGUUCUGCCACUCCGUCUGUGGGGGGCUCCCAUGACCAUGUCUUGUCCUGUUGCACCACCCCCUCCC